GAACUUGAGUAAUAAUCAAUUGUCUUACAUUCAAGGAGGCUCAUUUAGUCAAUUUCCAUCAUUGAAAAUAUUAGAACUUCACCAGAAUUCAUUGAGCACAAUAAAUGUAAACAUCUUCAAAGAUUUACCUGCCCUUGUUCAUCUUGACCUGCACGCCAACAACAUACAGCACCUUACAAGUAAAGCAAUCGAGAACAUUUCAUUGCUCAAAGAGCUACGACUGCAUUCCCAGAAAACACCCAUGGAGUCAAUUGCUUACAAUGCUUGGUCUGGUAUUGAUAAUCUCAUAGAGUUAUUUGUUAGUAGUAACAAUUUGGCGACAUUUCCACACCAAGUUCUUUCAGAGUCAACUUAUCCUAAUCUAGUAGUGAUGCAUGCCGAUAAUAAUCUAAUAACAAACAUAACAAAAUAUGGAGAAGAAGCGUUCCCAGAAAAUCAGUAUUCUCUACACAGACAAAGACUCACGACGUUUGUACCGUUCUCAGCCAUUCCCGCAACACAAUAUCUUAAUCUACACCACAAUUUAAUAACAACUAUCAACACAACGGAUUUAUGUGAGUUACAAGAUCUACAAGAGCUGUACUUACAGAACAAUCUUUUACGAGAAUCCAAGAUGGAUGUUGACUGUUUCGCGUGUCUUCCAGUACUUUACUAUCUACAACUAGCAGCUAAUUUGAUACAGUACGUGCCAGAUUGUGUCAAAUCUUCAGAUGUGCUCCCUUUCAUAGGGGUACUUAUACUCAAUGGCAACAAGAUUACAUUUCUGGAAAGUGGUGCAUUCACGAAUUUAACCACAGUUAAACAUCUGUACAUCACUUACAACAACAUCCUUGCUAUAGAAAACGAUGUGUUUCCAACAAGCGUAUUCCAUUUGAGACUGAACAACAACGAAUUCCGAUUUCUUCACAAGUACCCUUUUCAAAACCUGACCAAUUUGUAUAUCUUAACGCUACAUAGUAACGAAAUACAAUACAUUCCAGACUAUGCAUUUAUGGGAUGUGCAUCUUUGGAUUAUUUAUAUAUAAACAAUAACAACAUUGCUCAGUUGAAGAAAAACUUCCUUGAAGACGCACCAUUGGAAGGCAAUUUUUCUGCCGCAAACAAUGAUAUCGGAUGGAUAGAGGAUGGUACAUUUGCACAUAUAUCAUCCAUGAAACUUUUCGAUCUUUCAAAUAAUAAGCUGACUUUAUUACCAAAUGGAGGCGAUUUUCACGACCUUACUGUUACACUCUGGCUGGACCUGUCCAACAACAGAAUCAAUAUUCUCAAAACAGAUAAUUUCAAAAACUUAGUUCUUGGAGAUUCGUUCGAUUUAUCUGGGAACCAGAUAACAGAAAUUGAGAGUUAUGCAUUCAACGGUUUAACAGCCUCGAAUCUUCAUCUUACAAACAAUCCUUUGAGUAAACUGAAUUCGUACUCCUUGCAUAACCUACAAAUUUCAGACAAUAUAAACAUGCAAGGUUUAUCUUUUACAACCAUACCUACGAUGUCAUUUGUUUCGGUAACGGCCGCAAAUGUUUACUUAGGUUCUGGUAUAAUAUCAGACAUAGAAGAAACUGCUUUCAACGAUUUCCAGGUUACUAAUCUCGACCUAAGUGGCAAUCAGUUAUCCAUCAUUGGAAGUACUAUGUUUGGAGGAACUUCGUACGUAUCCAACAAUUUCUUUUUGAACGGGAACGGGAUGUACGGUAUAAGUUUUGAUGCAUUUGAAAACUGCGGCAUGAAAAAUAUUUAUCUCGGAAACAACGCUUUCACAUUGUUUCCACAAGUGAUCCAAACGAAGCUUUUCGAGAUAAUAGAUUUGACAGAUAACGAUAUAACAGAGAUUCCGACAGGCUAUCUUGCUGGACAAACUGUUCUUGGAGAACUAUAUUUGGCUAAUAAUCAACUAGAAUACCUAGAGAAUGGUGUUUUUGAUGAUUUGGGAGCCAUGCGUAUUCUGUCAAUUGCUAGCAACAACUUGAACACACUACCUGAAGGACUUUUUUCAAACAUGACAAUCCUGGAGGAGCUGUAUUUGUCAGAUAACUCAAUGACGCACUUACAUUCUCUUGGUGAUAAACUAAACCUUCAGAUAGUCAAUGUUGGUAGUAACAGUAUUGGAACUUUGGCUAAUUCAGCCUUUAGUGGUCUAACUAGACUUGAAGAAUUAAACUUGGGAAACAAUCCAUUAGAAUGCUCGUGUCAGUUGGUAUCAGCAUUGGAACCCAUAGCUUCAUCUGUGACUUCAGGAACAUGCAGUCAUAACGACCUUGCUAAUGGUGCCACGUUUGCAGCUGGUUCAUCAGAUUCACCAAGCUACUUUCUCUCAGUUAAUAACACCUUCUUCCAAUGCAGUGGUGAAAAUGUUGUUAGUAGCGGUGUCACUCAAACUGAGUUCACAUUGACAUGGGACCAGCCUGAAUAUACUUAUUUCACAUUGAAUGACAGUGUAGAGUUUCCUUACCUGACCGGACCUGUGGAGUACACAGUUAUAUGCAGCAGUGCUUCUGGAACAACAUUAACCGACCUGGUGGCCGACGAUGAAGCUGUAAAUGGAUCUACUUCAUUUAAUGUAACAUUCGCGGAGGCUGACGGAGUGCUACCUGGAACAGCCUACGAGUGCUCCGUGAAAACUACAAUAGAUGGUCAAGACAGCGCAAAGAGUCCGCCGGCAGUAUUCGUCACACCUGAUGGAACAGGAACAAUUACACCAGCUGGUCCAAAUGAUAUAGAAAUUAUUGCAAAGUUUUACGACUUUAGUAAACUUCACGCGGACUUUGAUGACUUGGAAUAUAUCACAAUAUCCAAUCCAAGCUACGUCGAUAGUCCAUAUGGGGCUUGGCUUUCUGCAUCAAGCACACCCACUAGUGAUACAUUUUCAACAUGGUAUAGAGAAGAUGAUGUGAAUAAUAAUAAUAUUGAAAUAAAUGGGUCUCUCAUUCUAAGAGAACAAACAGGGACAAUUAAAAGAUAUUAUUCGGAUGCAUAUUUCCCAGCAGAUGGAUCAGGUUUUCUGUCUCAAUCUCAACAAGAUUGUAACGGCCAGUAUCAUAACUUUGGAUUCACGACUGCGGUACGAACAGGGAUUGUUUUUGCAGGAACAGAGAAAAUAACGUUAGCUGGUGGAGAAGCCAUGUGGUUUUACAUUAAUAAAAUCAGGAUGUUUGAGUUUGUAUCAGUAGGAUCGUCAACCACCCCAUGCUAUGUUAUAGAUCUGUCAAAUGCUCUUGCACCAGAUGGCAUAGCUCACUUGCAAGAAGGAACUUUAUCUGGAGAGUCAUGUACAAGUUUGUCAGCAGCAACUAAUAUAAGUCUUCCAUUGGAGAUCGGCGUAACGUAUCAUAUGGACAUCUUCCAUGCUGAAACACGACGCUGUAACUCAGAGUUACUAUUUGAAGUAGAAGAUACGACCUUCAGCCUAGACAAAACUGUUGACCUUCCUAUUGAUUAUUCGGUCUCGUGGAACGAAGAUGCGCAGAUAGGAGAAAUCCUAGCGGAAGUUAAUCUUAUAGACGACUUCUCAACUGGCUCCUACAGUAUUUCGUUAUAUAAAGGAAAUGAGGGGCGUCGGUUUACAAUUCAACCAGCUUCAUACACAUUUACUGCAUCUUCUGUACCAGCGCCAAAUUAUACAACAAUUACAGAUAUAGAGGGAAACACUGUCAGUUAUGUCGAAUGCAGUGCCGCUUCACCUCUAGUAUCCAUGGCUAACGACGCGUCAACAGAAUUGUUUUCGGUAUCUACGACGUCACUCUUCGUUUCGCUUGCAGACGAGUUAGAUUAUGAAGUCACGAAAGAGUACUACCUUUUGUUAUCUGUAAUUGAUGACGGUAAACCUUUGACAGGCUACAUAGCUGUGCGGAUCAUCAUUGUUGAUGUGAAUGAUAAUUGUCCAAUUUUAUCUCCGACAUCAUUUUCCUUGACUCCUGAACCAGUGUUACGAGAACCAGCGUUUACAACAUUUAAUGUAUCAGAUGCAGACAGUGGUGAAAAUUCUAAUAUCCAUUAUGUUGUUUCCAGUGUUACUGAGGACCCACCUGCGAAUUACGACGGCUCGGAAGAUCUCUGGGGUGUAGUAUAUAUAGAAUAUACGUCACUGUUAUUUAAUGUAAUUGCAAUGGACAAUGGUACUGUACCGUUUGGAAUGACCGCUGCUAUAAAUAUCACCGUGAGCAACACUUGUGUUUUAGAUGUAUUUUUCGGGAAGAUCAGGUACAUGUUUCAUGUCAAUGACACAACAGGAGAAAUGACAUUGAGAAUACCUGGAUACUGGAUGUAUGAAUUUAAAUGUGAUGACGUAAUUGGACUUACAACUGGUACAGUGUUAGAUAACAUGUUGUCAGCUUCGACAGUUUCUAAUCCGGAUUCAACUCACGCCGGGAGAGCUCGAGUCAAUCAUAUUGAAAAUACUUACAGUCGUUUAGCUGGUGCAUGGGUUGCAGGCGUUCUUGACACGAACCAGUAUGUUGAAGUUGAUAUGAACAUGCCAUAUCGUUAUACAGCGGUUUAUAUACAAGGUAGAUCGGACGCUGAUGAAUGGGUGACAUCUUUCAAGUUACUGUAUUUUGAUGAGGAAACUUCAGUUUGGACAACUUAUACGGAUGCUUUAGGAUCCGAUACUUUUGUUGGCAAUACUGACAGAACGACUGUUGUAAGAUACGACCUUGACCCCGUGAUACUGAGUAACAAAGUACGAGUUAACCCACAAACAUGGUCUGGGAAUAUCGCCAUGAGGAUAGAGUUUGAGGGCUGUCCACAAGCAGAACAACUGUUUUAUGACGUGAGCUGUCAACGAUGUGAGACUACAUAUUACUGUGAAGGUGAGGGUGUUCAGAAAUUGUGUGGUAGAUGUGAAGAUGCUAACGCCACGUGUGAUAAAAACCCAGUAGAACAUUCGUUUGGAGUACAGUCGGAAUGUUCACCUUGUCCGACUGGAUGGAUAUGUGAAAAUGGAUACGCAACUCCGUGUGAUUUAUAUCACUAUGAAACGUGCACAAAUACGUCAUGUCCGGCGUCGUGCACCCAGUGUGAGCCAGGAUAUGCUUGCUAUCUCGGGAUUAGAAGAAUUUGUUUGCCGGGGUCAUACUCAGACGGAUUUCAAGAGCAUUGUGUAUCCUGUGACGAAGGAUUUUAUCAAGAUUUAGAAGGUCAGAGCACUUGUAAAAGCUGUAGCCCAGGCUAUUAUAGUGCAAGACGAAUGGAUGGGUGCGAGAAAUGUGAACCAGAAGAAUAUAGUACAGGAAUAAAAUGCAUUGCAUGUGCUGAUGCUACUGAAUGUCCGUGUCUUGAUGGCGACAAGUGUUAUUCUGAAUCCUAUUGUUACAAUACAGGAUCAGGAGGGUACGGAUGUACAGCUUGCGAGGCGGGUUUGACGGGCGAUGGUACAACAUGUACAGAUGUAGAUGAGUGUACAGUUUAUCAGCCAUGCUUCCAAGAUCGUUGCAUCAACACUGAGCCGGGAUAUCAGUGUCUAGAAUGCCCUACAGGAUAUACUGGGACAUUUGAAGAUGCCUACUCUCACGAUAAAUACUUGCGUGUAUUUAUAUAUCGGAAUUUGGACAAAUCGAACUUUACAUACCAAGAAUGUGAGGACGUGGAUGAAUGUGCAACAGAUAAUGGCGGAUGUGAUCCACGCAUGGAGUGUGUCAAUACCAUCGGAAGCUACUAUUGUGGUUUUUGUUCAGUUGGAUAUAUAGGGACCAAUAGGAGUGGCUGUUACCUUGACAACUUUUGUGUAUCUGGCGCCCAUGACUGUACAGAUUUAGCUGACUGUGUAUAUCUCGGUCCUGCACAGUACAAAUGUGUGUGUAAGCCGGGUUACGCAGGGAACGGUAAUAAGUGUGGCCCUGACACUGAUAUGGAUGGAUUUCCUGACAGCGGGCUACCAUGUAUAGAAUGGGGAUGUCGUAAAGAUAACUGUGGAGUCGUUCCGAAUAGUAUGCAGGAAGAUACAGAUGGUUUAGGCUUUGGUGAUAAUUGUGAUGAUAAUGAUGACCGCGAUAACAGAUAUGAUUAUGAGGAUAAUUGCCAAUUUGUGGAUAAUAAUGACCUUCUGGAUACAGACGGCGAUGGUGUUGGUGACGCGUGUGACAAUUGUCCUAAUGACGGUAGCUCAAUAAGCCAGGCUGAUGCGGACGGAGAUGGAGUAGGUGACUUAUGCGAUACUGAUGACGAUGAUGACGGAAUUCUUGAUGGCUCUGACAAUUGUCCGCUUGUUGCCAAUGUUGGACAAGAAGACACAGACAGUGAUGGUGUUGGCGACGCCUGUGAUAAUUGUCCUAGUACAUCAAACUCCGCACAGACAGACUCAAAUGCUAAUUUCUAUGGUGAUUCUUGUGAUGCUGUUGGUGCAUCAAAUAUCGAUGAGGAUGGUGACAGUAUACCAGAUUUAUUCGAUAAUUGUCCGUCUUAUAUGAAUGGCGAUCAGGCCGACACAGAUAACGACGGCAUAGGAGAUUUAUGUGACACGGAUAUUGACGGGGAUGGCGUUGAUAAUGAUAACGACAACUGUCCGUUUUAUAGUAACGCAGAUCAAACUGAUGAUGACGGAAACCGCGUGGGUGAUAUAUGCGAGUUGGACUUGGAUGCUGACGGAGUCAAUAAUCAAAAUGAUUCAUGUCCUUAUAAUUUAGCACUGCGUGAAUCCUCAUUUAAAGACUAUUUUACUGUAGAUUUAUAUCCUACACUUUCAACGACAACCCCAGUUUGGCUUGUUAAGAACAAUGGAGGUGAAGUGAUGCAGACAACUAAUACUGAGAUGCCCACGAUGCUUAUAGGUACCCAAUCUUAUGGCGCAAUUCAAGUAUAGAGGGACUUGGUAUACUGACCACGAAGAAUGCUGAUGCGUAUUUCGGCUUUGUGUUCGGCUAUGCAAAUAACAGGAAGUUCUACGUUGUGAUGUGGAAAGGCAAACACUA